AUGCCGAAGCCUAAUACAUAUCUGCUUGGUUUUUCAACUCUCCUUGUGGUUUUGGGUGUCUGCUUGGCUCGGCGGGCCGAGCAAAAGCAGUUUAACGAGUGCCAACUCGAGAGACUCAAUGCCUUGGAACCCGACCACCGCGUCCAGUCGGAAGCUGGCGUCACUGAGAGCUGGAACGCCAACCACCCAGAGCUCCGCUGCGCAGGCGUCGCCGUUGUGAGGCGCACCCUCUAUACCAAUGCCCUCCACUUGCCAUCAUAUUCCAAUGGUGCCCAAAUGCAUUUCAUUGUCCAAGGCAGGGGAGUGAUUGGAGUUGCUAUUCCUGGUUGUGCUGAAACAUACGACGCACCACAACCAGAAGACCGCCACCAGAAGCUUCAUGAGAUUAAAGAGGGUGACAUAGUCGCAAUUCCGGUUGGAAUUUCUUAUUGGACCUACAAUAAUGGGGACACCCCACUUGUUGCCAUCACUCUCAUUGACACCACCAACGAGGAAAACCAGCUUGAUCCAAACCCAAGAAGAUUCUAUCUUGCUGGAAACCCAAAAGAAGAGCACCCAGAGACAUUGCAAGGCAAGCAUGGGAAGCAGCAACAGCAACGCAAAAAUAUGUUAAGUGGAUUCGAAACACGGUCGGUGGAGGAUGCUUUCAACGUAGACGAAGAGAUAGCAAGCAACCUUCAGUCUCAGAGCGCCCGAAUAGACCAAAUGAUAACAGUAAGAGGAGGUCUUGGUAUUAUGAGCAGGCCACAGUCUCAACAAGGACAACAAGAGGAAAGAGAAGAAAAACAGAGGCAACAAGGAGAAGGAAGUGGAAAUAGCCUUGAGGAAACCCUUUGCGGCUUAAAGAUUCACCAGAACAUCGCCGACCCAUCACAAGCUGAUUUCUUUAACCCCCUAGCAGGACGAAUCAGCGGCACCAGCCUCUUUGAUCUCCCAAUCUUGAGAAGGCUCCAAUUGAGUGCACAACAUGUUGUGCUAUACAGGAGGGGAAUGUACACACCACACUGGAACGUGAAUGCGAACAGCAUCAUAUACGUGACAAGAGGAAGAGGAGGAGUACAAGUGGUGAAUUGGGAAGGUAGGUUAGUGUUUGAUGGAGAACUGCGAAGGGGCCAGUUGCUAGUGGUGCCACAGAACUUUGCGGUGGCACAUCAAGCGUGGGACGAGGGAUUUGACUUCAUAUGUUUCAGGACUCAUGAAUUGGCCAUCAUAACUCCUAUACUGGGGAAGCAAUCCUUCUUUGAGGCUACUCCUGCUAAAGUGCUUGCUAAUGUAUACGGGCUUCGCCUGCAACAAGCGCUUGACAUCAAGCAUUCUCGGGAGGAGGGCUUUUUAUUCAGCCCUUCACAAUCUCAAGAACCUUUGGUUGUUAAGGCCUGAACUAGUAGAUAUAUUUAUAUAUAUAUAUAUAUAUGCCACAUAAUAAAGUUUUGGCUGCUGGAAAACCGAAUAUAAAUAUGGCCUCACGUGCCUGAGCUCU